AAUAUUUUGUGGCCGAGUGUACCUUGAUUCUCGCGCAGUUACCUGCAGCUGUCUAUACACUUCUGGGCCAAUGAUCAAGCUAUCUUCACCCCGUGCACGAUGUCAAAUGCGCAUCUCUCCAACACCGUCGUGUUGCAUCCCCCCUCCCCUCCUCUUUAUCACCGCGAUGUCACGGCUGUGCGCGCGCGCGCGCCGUACACAGACGCGGCUGCUUUGGCUGUCAAGGUCGGCAUUGAAAUCCGCUGCGCGGUGCGUAGUGUUUUUCCGGCAUCGCCUAUCGAGCCGUUCGGUCGCUGCGUGUUCAACUGCGCAGGAACGGUGUGCGGAACAGCACGCCCUGACGCGAAGAGAAACCCGUCGCUCGCAGCGUGCGCGGUCCACGGUGAUAGCGAACGAAAAAGCACCGGCGGGUAAUCGUCCUUACAGGCCUUCGCUUUGAUGAAUUCGCGCGAGGGCGCUAAGGGCAACGAGUGUCAUCGUGCCCGUCGUGGGUGCCGCGUCUAUGUGGAUGCCGCGUGCCCUGGUGGUGGUCUGCGUUGUUGUGCUGAUCAUCGUGUCCUGCCUGGCCAGCCUCUACGUGGCUUUCAUCCUGCGACGCCGCGGAAUCUUCUCACGAAGGGACGGUAACGUGCUGGACGCGAGCACUGGCUACCCCGUCGUCUCCGAACACGGCUGGCCUCAAGCAGCGCAGUAUGCGACGGGAACGCCUGUAGUCUACUCCUCUUCCGCCGCCGUGCCACUGGCUACCACGUGGCAGUACCCGGCGCCCAACGCGUACGGAGCGCAGCAGGGUUACUCUGGACAACCGUGGGCACCACAACACCAUGGCUACCCGACGGCGCAGUACGCGCCCGGCACGGUGCCCAAGAACGUUGCCCCGUUGUACCCAGUUUAGUGUGUGCCUAUAUAGGAAUGAAAAGCCCCCAUACCAUAUCCCACCACAUAGGUGGUAAACACAUGAUGGUGUCGGUCGCGCGCCAUCGCUCGUCAUCACGCGUCUAACCGCAUAUGCUUUAUUAAGGCAAAAGCCUUAUAUGCCCAUGAAGCGAAAAAUCCGGCGUCCGGCGUUAACAUCGGAUGGCAACAAAACUCACGUGACCAGGGAUGACGUCACGCUCCAGCCACGGCUUCGGCGGCCGGACGCCGUGGCCCACAUAACAGUGCGGCCCACAUCCAAAAACCCGGCCCUCUUCCGAAAUUGUAUUAAGGUGGGUUAUAAGGGGAUAAAAGUUGGUAAAACUUAGAGCAAGGUGGAUUAAGGUGGAGUGUUAAUUUAAGGUGAUAGCUUAGACAAGUCCUCAUGGUUUCGCAUUCAAAUCACGUAAGGAUACUUCAGUGACUGUCAACUUUUUGCAGGCGACACCUGCCAAUUGGACAGAGUGGUAUAGUUCGUGGUUUCCGUGCAUAACGGGGCAACACUUCGGCGCACAGCUUGAUGUGUUGCGCCUACUGCGGGCGAAACAUCUAUUUGACUGUGCCGCCGAGUAAAUCACGGCUAAUAAACUCGUUCAUUUUUAUUUCUC